AUGGAUCGUUAUCCUUCUAAUCGAGAACGAAACCGGGCCAAGUCCGCUGCAAGUGAUCAAAUGUUUUGGUAUAUGGUCAAACCUCAUGAUGCGAGACAUUUCAAACCUUGUCGAGAGCUGAAUUCGACGGAAUUAACAGAAUUCCACACCAUACUUGAAGCCGUGGACACAAGGGACAUCCGGUUGACCGUGGUCUAUAAAUGUCUAUCGGAUUACGAACAACAGAUUUCACUAAAAAUGCUACAAAUCAAUGUUCGUAGUGUGGAGUUGCUUCAACUUGGUGCACCAUAUGUGACCUAUCUGAAUUUAUCUCGCCUACGUCUAUCUACCAUCCCAACUUCUUGGUUAACUGGACUUACAUGGCGUCUGAGAACUCUGAUUUUAGAAAGGAACAGUCUGGAUCUGCACGUUUUCGAUGCGAUUGAUGAGGCCAUAUGUAUUGGGAAGCGUGCCACCUCAUCCAGCGCUCGGGCACAACGGACUAAUAACCCGAAGUCAUGGUUUAAUACGCUGUGUGAAUUACGAGUAGACUGGAACCAAAUGGACGGAGCAUUGCCCUCAUCCACUCUGACCAAAAUGACCGAUCUCACACGGCUCUCGUUCGCACACAAUGCAUUGAACACAUUACGGGGAGUGGAUCUUGUACCUACCCUACAUGUGCUCAAUCUCGAUUACAAUCGGAUCGCUAAUUUACCGUCGGAGUUGUUCAACCUGAAACGUUUGGAAUAUUUGUAUCUGAGACGAAAUCAACUCAUUCAACCCAUACUGGGCGUGGGAUUUCGACGUCUGGCCCAUCUUCGGGUGAUUGAUCUGAGCUAUAACGGGUUGAGCACAUUACCGGCCGCAUUGUUCACUCUGCCACAGUUGGACUGUCUGAAAGCGGAUCACAACACACUGAUCACACUCCCAAUCAUACAGAACGUGUCACAUCGUGGGACACGAAAAAUACUCUCAGUCGAUUUGGCAUACAACCGCUUGACAGCCGUGUCUACCGGUCUGGUCAGAUUGGCGGAACAAUUGGAUGUCAGUCACAAUCGAAUCAGACAUGUGACACCUGCCUUGCUCAAGUGGAUCUCGAACACGAUGGAGAUCAAGGGACUAAAAGCAUCGCAAGUGAUUCAGCUCGAUUUGACCGGGAAUCCGCUUCGAUGGCCCCCGCUGUCAGUUGUAUCGGAUAGUAUGGACACACUGAUGGAAUUCUAUUACGACUCGAAAACGGAAGUGCAAACUUAUCAUGGAUUGAGAGCUAUGCUUGUCGGUGCACCACAAAGCGGAAAAUCCAGCCUAAUACUUAGCAUGCUUGACGGUCAGUGUCGUUUUGCCGAUGAACGGGAGGAACGAACGUAUGCGAUUGACACUUUUGUCGUACCAUUUGAUGCUGCCAGCCUAACUGAUCAACCAAAAGAUGCUGCCAACCUGACGGAAAACACAGAACCACUGAAUACGGCUCCGAUUAGUCGACAAACCAGUUUAACCAUCUGGGAUUGUGCUGUGUCUGUUUGUUAUCAACCUCUGGUGUAUUUUACCUCAUACAGACCAGCCAUUUUAGCGAUUAUGGUCGAUAUGAAUGCAUACAUGGGAACCAACUUACAUACCCGACCAGAUGAAAUUAGCCCGAAUUUUCACAAUGUGAUUGGUCAGUGGCUGGAGAUGGCCUUGGUUCGUUCGAACCAUGUGACUGCAAUAUUGAUUGGCACGAAAGUCGAUCUGAUAGCAAAUCCAAUCAGACAGGAACAAAUUGUACGCCGAAUGCUCCAAGAUACCAAGGCGUAUUUGGCCGAUCGAUCCUUCUGGUUCCGAGAUGAACUGAGACGAAUUGAAGCGUUGCCAUCAAUCUCCCCAUCCACAGCUCAUCAUUAUGAACAGUUGAAUCGGAUUCAAAGAACAAGUCGGAUUUUUGUGUACAGUUCAGUGAUCCCAAGCAGCAGUGCAACAGACCCGGACACAUCAAGUGCCAUGUGGCAAGAUAUCUGCGCCGGACUAAUUAAAGCCACAUUACAAUCUCCAGACACAUUGCCUUACCUCCUAGCUCCAAUCCCCUCGGCUUGGGCAGAUGUGGAGACAUAUCUAGAAGGUUGGACAAGCGUCAGUCGCGCAACACGUACAAAGUCACAAACAAACGAAAUCGAUCCUUUGUUCUAUGAAAAACAAACAUUUUUCACAAGGUUACAAACCAAAUUCAGCAUCGAUAUGACCAAUAUAAUGGUGCUUAUUCGAUACUUGUGUGAUACGGGUCAAGUAUUGGCACCGUAUAUGAAUUUGUCGAAGGAGGAAUCGGAAUGGUGGAGCAAGAUGAGUCUGACUGGGGCGCGACCGGAACCGAUAUCCUUGAUCUGUAUUCGACCCAGUCUUGUAUUUGAUUGUCUGAAAUAUUUUCUCAAUCCAAAAGUAUUCCGACUUCUAGAGGGGACCAGGGUUGAUGAUUGUGAUGUGCCCAAUCCGCCAGGGUUUUCUCGUCGACUAUUACGUUACUUCAACGCGGCCACGGCUGAUAGUGCCGCGCGUCGUCUGCGUCAGUGUUUGGAUCUGGUGCAACGUAGUGGAGUCGUUGCGUCCGAUUUGUGGAUUGCUCUGGCCGAAUACAAUCACCUGAACUGUACCGGAUCAAAUGGGCAGACCUCGAGAGAUUUUGUGGAAUUCGUAUGGCGUUGGUUGGAUCUAGCCUAUCCGGUCAUGGAUCCAUCGGACGGAACGGAGCGUGGGGAACCUGGGGGAGAUCAGGACACAGACGAUACAGAGAUGGCUUUUGAACCGGUAAGUAAUGCCUCGUAA